GGGAGGCGCGGUGCCGGCUCCAACAUGGCGGCGGUGACGGCGGUAGGGAGAUGGCGGCGGCUGCUGAUGGUUUCCCGUCUCGCCGCUCGCCCGCCUCAGAAUGACUGCAGCUCCUCCAGCUCUGCCUCCGCGACGUACCCGGGGGUGGUGGAGUCGACAGAGGAGUUCAAGUUUGUGGAGAGGCUGAUUCCGCCCACCACCGUGCCAGUGCCCCCGAAACACGACCGUUACCCCACCCCGUCCGGCUGGUGCCCACCACGAGACCCACCUCCGGACUUGCCGUACAUUAUCCGACGUUCCCGGAUGCACAACCUCCCUGUUUACACGGACAUCACCCACGGCAACAGAAAGAUGACUGUCAUCCGUAAAAUCGAGGGUGACAUUUGGACGCUGGAGAAGGAUGUGAAAGACUUCCUGACGCAGACCUGGGGAAAGACGCCAAUGACGCAGGUCAACGAGGUCACCAUGAUCCUCAGGGUCAAAGGUUACUUCGACAAAGAACUGAAAUCAUGGCUGCUGGAGAAGGGCUUCUGAGAUCUGUGAGUGCUUUCACCGCUUUGCUCUUCAAAGGCUGAGACUGUUUGAUUAAAAGAUUCUUCUGUUGGAAAAC